AUGGCGGGUCCACCACAACCAUCACAUGGUGUGGAUUUCCGCUUUGACGCACUCUGCUUCUGGCUGCACAGCAGGGCAGGGCCACAGUCACCCAGGAGCUGCUGCUGCUGCUGCAGAGGGACGCCAUGCCGCUUUGAGGACUACUCUACCGUGCAGUCCACCAUGAAUUUCAAUGAUCUUCAACACCAGGGCGGCCAGGAGAACUGCUCUGUGGAUAACACUCUGAGGAAGAAAGCCUCCCUGUGGUACAGACGCUCGCUGAGGGGGAUCAGCGACCGACGCCAGCAGACCAGCAGCCCCCUGCCCAGGGGGUGCAAGCCCAGACAGACUCGAUCAAACUCUCUGGUUGAUUACACUGACCCACAAAGGACAACAAUUGUACUGCAAAAACAAGACAAUGAAACCUUUGGAUUUGAAAUUCAGACGUACGGCCUGCUGUGUAAAAGCAGCUCCGCGCUGGAGAUGUGCACGUUUGUGUGCAAGGUGCAUGAGGACAGCGUGGCAGAGAGCGCUGGCCUGACCGCAGGAGAUGUUAUUGUCACCAUCAACGGGGUCAGCACUGAAGGCUCGUCCCACGACGACGUCGUCGAUCUGAUAAGAGAAUCAAGCAACAGUCUGAAGAUGGAGACAGUGUGUGGAAACGUAGUGAAGCAGAUCGCACUGGAGAAGAGGAUGAACCUGCUGAAGAAGUCCCUACGUGAGAAACUGAAGGAGCUUCAAGCGCUGACAUUACAGGAAAAGCGGCUGAUGCUAGGUAACAUGAAUGAGAGCGGUCCCGCCUUCUCCAUGGACUCCUCGCCCAGCCUGAGCUCGCCGGCGGGCCGCUGCGGCCAGCGGUUCUCCAGCGACAGCAGCUGCAGGAGCGUGAUGACGGACGACAGCGACCACGCCAGCGUGUUCGGGGACGUGAGCUCGCCCGACCCCUGCAGCGCGGCCAGCACCACGGACGACGGCUGCUUCUUCACCAGAGACUUCUCCACCGGCGGCGGCGGCUCUGGGAAGUUCUCCUCCGGCUCCAGCUACCUCCACCAGGCCCUCAGCCGCUCCAGCAGCUCCAGCGUCGCCGGCAGCAGCGGCUCCCUCUCCCCCUCCUGGGAGGAAACCAGGAUCUCGUCCCUGUUUGGGACUCUUCCCAGGAAGGGCAGGAGAGGCAACGUACGCAAGCACAUCCUGAAAUUAAUCCCCGGACUUCAGCGGUCGCUUGAAGAGGAGGAGACAGGAACAGGCGCUCAGUGACAUGUGUUGCAGAUGUUUUGUCUCUUUGAAGCCGAGGCCUGCUCAGUUGAGUUUCCAAACAUCCGAGAAGCUGGAGAAAGUCACGAAACAUUGUCACACACACUUUUUGCCUCUAUUAAAGUUGGCCACAGUGAUCUGACUCAGACACUGGAGGCACAGAAGCAUUAUGAAAAUGAAAGUGUCCUGAAUGAAUGUAAAACAGCAGAUUGCAAAGUAUUAGCGAUGAAAUCAUGAAUCCUACUGACUUGAAUAUAUGCUCUUUUCUUCAUAUCUCACUCAUAGUGUCAUCAGCAUUAAUGAGAGUAGGUUGAGCUACAAUAGCUGCAUGCAUAACGGACUCUUUGAGUUUCCCUCGACUGAUCAAUGAGGAGCCUUCAUUCUGCAGUGAAGCAGAGAUUUCAGCAGCCUUCGUGAGACGUUCAGGUGCUCAAAACCCUUAAACCAUAGAUUCGGCUGCUCAUCUCAAAACAGGAUGUGGGCAUGAAAGCACUACUCCAGUGUUUUCAGAUCCAAGUCUAUUUUCAGUGGCAUGCAGCUGAGUUUCAGUGCUCAGACAAGUUUUAUUUCCCCAUGAAAAUCUUUAAAAAUGCAUUUUUUUCCACCUUCAGAUGUGAGAAAAUGCAGCUUUGUAAAUAAUGUGUAUUUGAUUUUUACUUUCCAAUUCACAAUCAUCUUGAUACUAUAUGUAUGAAACAGGCUUAUUAAAAAAAUAAACUUGUAAAGUUUGA